UGGAAUCAUUAAAAUUCGUGGGGGCCAAUUUUCGUGGAUUGUGUAUUUUUUGUCCGUUCGUGGGGACGUAAUUUCGUGGAUCUCUUCGUUUUCAUUUUUAUUAAGAAAGAUAACUCUGGAAAGUUUGUUUGCUGACACGAGUUAUCUUUCUUUGCGAUAGUAUAGGUACAUGCUGUUUAUACCGAUACUAGGUAUUAAGUAUUGAGUAAAACUCAGCAAUAAAUUCGCCAGAAGGCAAAAUAAUCUAUUUAAAGUGUGAUUUUUUUCUUGGUCUGGUCAUUUUUCUCGAAGAUGUCGUUGAGACAGUGGUUGACUACAGGUAAACUCAAAACAACAGCACCAACAGUUCCUGGUCUGCCCGACCCCGGGGACUGUACAGAACCUCGGGAAGCGGCAGCAUUCCAAGCUGCAAAUGAUGCAGUUGAAACUAUUGUUACAAGUACUACCGAUAGUCUUCUCUCGACACCUAGGAAAAGAAAGCGGGGUGAAUAUAACAACCUGGACGAAGAACAAAGGGCUAAAAUUGGCAGACUCGCUGUUGAAGACGGUGUUGCAAGGGCAACAAGGCGCUUUAUGACCAAUUCUAGUAUUAAAGUGUCAGAAUCAACAGUAAGAAGCAUCCGAGACCGGUAUCUAAGAGCAAGAAAAGCAUCUGGGGAUUCACAUCUCGCUGCUCUUCCCAGAUCCCCUCGAGGAAACACUUUAAUGCUUGGUUCCUUGGAUAGCGAGGUACAAAACUGGAUCCGCCAAGUACGGCUCAACGGGGGUGUUAUCAAUUUGAGAAUCGUUAUGGCAGGGGCGGAGGCUAUUGUGACCAAGUUCGACAGAAAAAAAUUAGCCCGGUUUGGGGGCCACAUCGAAAUUACUAAGCAUCUUGCUAGGUCGAUUAUGCGCCGUAUGGGUUUUGUAAAACGGAAAGGGACAAAAGCUGUUAAAACUUUACCAAGUGAUUUUGACGACAUCAAAUGUAAAUUUGUGAAAAAAGUCAAUAAUGUGGUGAGUGAGUAUUCUGUCCCGGAUUCUCUUAUAAUCAACUGGGAUCAAACUGGAUGCCAGCUCGUUCCCGGGGGUGAGUGGACAAUGGAGGAAAAAGGAUCAAAGCAGGUUACAGUCGCCGGAAUUGAUGAUAAACGACAGAUAACACUUCUUUUAGGAAUAACGAAAUCGGGAACUUUACUUCCCCCGCAACUAAUAUAUGCAGGAAAAACAGAGCGCUGUCUACCUCAAAGUGUAGAGUUUCCUUCUGAUUGGGAUAUCACGUUCACCGAAACUCACUGGAGCAACGAAAGUUCGAUGCUUCGAUAUGUGGAUAAAGUGAUCGUGCCCUAUGUUAACGAGAUUAGAGAGGAACUUCCGUUAGAUCGAAUCAACCAGAAGGCCAUUGCUAUUUUCGACAUUUUUGCUGCUCAUCGCACGAAUUCUUUAAUUGAAAAAUUAAAGAGCCACAACAUUCAGCCCCUGUAUGUCCCAGGCGCGUGCACUGACAAGCUCCAGCCGUUGGAUGUGGCCGUAAACUACGAUUACAAGGAAAAGUUAAAAGCAGAAUUUCACGAAUGGUAUUCAACCCAAGUUUUUGAAUCGCUUGACCGUGACGGUCCAGGGAGUGCCAAUAUCGAUCUAAAAACAUCGACACUGAAGCCUCUACAUGCUAACUGGGUAAUUAACACCCAUUAUAACAUGUCAAAACGCCCAGAGCUGAUAAAGAGCGGCUUCCAAAAAGUGGGACUGUAAUUAGUUGAUCUAUUAUUCUACUGAGUAGUAAUUAACAUUGAACUGAAAUAUUAAAUGUUAUAAAUAAACCUUUUCUUCUUCACACUGCGUUCUAAUAUUUUUUGCUGUAAAAUACAAACGUUAUCUUUAAGAGUACUCUGCGUUCUUUGCAUUGAAAUAUGAACAUGAAAAUUAAAAAUGCCUUUACUAGUACUUCUACUUUAUGCGUACAUAUAGAGAUUUGUUUAUUUAAAAAAGUACAAAUUCAGUGUCUUUAUUCGUUGAGGAUGUAAAUUCGUGGGGAAGGGGUACCCACGAAAUCCUCGAAAAUUGAGCCACCACGAAUUCUAAUGAUUCC